GCAGUAGGUAUACGCACGAUGACGUUGUGUUGUGGAUUUUAACGCAAGUGUCCGCAGGAUGUAUUUAUUUUUAGGUAACGUGUCAAACUUGCAGACGACGCAAGAGAGCUACCAUUAGCCACUGGCUGCUCACGUCGUCAGCACUAUCUCGCGACUCGCUCUAGCCAUCCCCUUGUGCGCGAGUUUCAGACUUCAGUUGCGGUUUUCGCCCUUUCGCCGAGUCUAUGUUGUAGUCGAGAUCGCGAGUUCCGAGAAAGUAUAUAUUAUAUAAAGGAGCCCGUUAUUAGAAAAAAUAGCGCGAAAUUCGAAAACGAGUAAAAAAUCGCUUGCGUUAUCGUUUUAUAACAAGCUAAUAAGAGCAAAACCAAACAAAAUGGUAUUAUUUGUUUGAUUGUUUUAACAAAAUUUGAUAAUAAUAAUUCAUUUGUUCACUCAUGCAAUCAAUUACUUUUCAUGCAUAACUUAACUGUUUGAUCGUAUACAUACCUAUAUGCUUUUCAACAGGUAUAGUCCUAAAAACAAUUUAAAUAAUUUCGAAAAUACCCAACUUUGUACCGCGUUGGUAAGCUUAUCCUCUGAGCGCAAGCGAAUACACGUUUUUCCAUGAAAUCGACCGUCUAUGGCUGUCUGCACGCUUCGUGAUUGUAGAACGGCUUUAAAUGCCUUAAAACUGCUGGCGGGAAACACCGACAAAGAUGUGUUUACGCUGACAGAUCGUUUUUUUCAAGUUAAUAUAAUUGAUGUUGAAUAUCGGUAUUUUUUAUACGACACAUAUUCUCAGAGUACAUUUUCUAUACAGGCAAGUAAUCAAAAAUGGCCGAAAAAUUAGAAGAUCUUAAUCUGCCCAAUGCUGUCGUGACGAGAAUAAUGAAGGAAGCUCUGCCUGAUGGAGUCACAGUGGCAAAGGAAGCUCGAGCAGCAGUGGCAAAAGCAGCUUCGAUAUUCAUUUUAUACUUAACGUCAUCAGCCAACAUGAUUGCCAAGAAGAGUAAUCGAAAGACUGUGAGUGGUCAAGAUGUGAUACAAGCUAUGGAAGACAUAGAGUUUGAGCAGUUCAUUGAACCACUACAAGAAGCUUUGGAGAACUUCAAGAAGAAUCAGAAGGAGAAGAAAGAUGCUUCGUCGAAAAAGAAGCAACAAAAGAAGGAUGAGGAUGAUACGGAAAUACAGGAUGAUGAGUAAAAAUAGGAUUUUUAUCUUAAUUCAUUUCUAGAUAUAAGUGGAAUUAUUUUUAUACUGAAUAAAUGAUAACGUACUUGUUAUUUAAAGAA